CGCCUUUGGUUGAGUACAAUACUAGGUAGGUAUCUACUACUCCCGCAUCAAAGAUCCACGCUUCAAGAGACACGAUACGAUUUUCGCGGACCACUACCGUUCCCAGAAACAUCCAACGGUAACCCCUCAUGGCUCGCAUCACACACCUCGCCUCCUCGGCCGUUCGCGGCAUUACCACCCUCACGUUGCUUACAGGAGGCUUCUUUUCUGUCUUUGCGCAAAAGCAACCGAAUGGAGGUUAUGCCAUAGAUUGCAUCUUUACGGGCGCAAGUUUACGAGAGGGUCACUGGCUAGGGUGCAACUGUCUGAACGACGACGUUGCCAUUCUCGGCUACAACUAUACUUGGCUGGAUCUGAACUUUUGCUUGGGAAACAGAAAUGGUACCUUGGAGAGUUAUGAUACCGGAAACUACACUACAACCUGCCGUGACUGCAGAAUUCUCAACAACUACCGUACGAUCUUCCUGAACUGUCUAUGCCCGGACAUGGCGCAUGUACUACACAACACCACGCUUGAUCUGAACACUACCCUGUACAAUGUGAAUGGAUGUGCGGGUUGCUAUAACCACAUGGGAAACAAGUCAUGGGAUGGUCCCCCCCCUUCAUCUUCAAACCACACUCUGUCGUCAAUCUCAUUCUUUUGACUACAUGAAAACCUGGAAGAGUCCGUCCCAUUGAAAGCGCGGCUCGUACUUCCCAAGGCUGUCGCUUAAAUAAUGCAUCUUCAAAAUCGAUCGUCAUGCCCAGUGUGAUCUUCGCAGGCGUGUUCCUCACCACGCCACAUACAUGAUAUGUUUGAAUCCACUGC